CGCUUCUCCGCCCGCCGCCGCGCAGAACAUGGCGACGCUCAAGGCCGUGUGCGUGAUGAGGGGCGACGGCCCCGUGAACGGCGUCAUCCACUUCCAGCAGCAGGGUGAUGGACCAGUAAAAAUCACUGGGAAAAUCAAUGCCUUGAGUGACGGGGAUCAUGGCUUCCACGUGCACGAGUUUGGGGACAACACAAACGGGUGCACCAGUGCAGGUGCCCACUUCAAUCCCCAAGGCAAGCAGCAUGGUGGACCAACUGAUGAAGAAAGGCACGUGGGAGACCUCGGCAAUGUGACUGCUAAAGGAGGGGUGGCAGAGGUGGAUAUAGAGGAUCGGGUCAUCUCCCUGAGUGGGCCACACAGCAUCAUUGGCCGCACCAUGGUGGUCCAUGCAAAACCUGAUGACCUGGGUAGAGGAGGAGAUAAUGAGAGCAAACUAACUGGAAAUGCUGGACCUCGUUUAGCUUGUGGYGUAAUUGGAUUAGCCAAGUGCUAAGUACUGCACCUGGAGUGCGAAAUGGGCUGUAUUUCAUAGCAAAUGCUGUACCUGGCCUUGUUCAAGAAAAAGAUUUAUCACUUAAUCUCAUUACUACUUUGCGUUCUGAGUAUCAGUGGAACUGGURAAGACUGACUUAAUUUUGUACAAUGUAUAUUGCAAUUAAAGUGAGUGUGAUGGAAUGUCUCUGUAGUCUUCUGCUAAAGCCUCUGUUGUUGUCACCUUGAGUGUGAUCUUCACUAGCAGGAACUCUCCUGUUGUGUCAUGGAAGGUGUUUAUCAGUGACCACUAAUGCUGUGCACUAAAAUGUGAUGUAUUGUGUAACCUGACCACCCUUAGGAGCUCUGGCAAGACUACCCACCAAAGCAGGGGGGACCCUCUA